AUGGCGACACAAGUACAGACGUCCACUAUCGCGAACGGUAUCAAAACGAAUGGCAAAAUCAAGUCCAAAAAUCAGCUACGCCGUCUGAAGGCGAAGCAGAAGAAGGCGGAGGAGAAGUCGGCGACUCCGCCAAAGGAAGAGGAAAAGCCAGAUAUCAAGAUGGACGAGGCAGAGCAGUCUAUGGAUGUCGAGUACGUACCUGAGCAAUUGGAUGUCAAAGGUCCUGCCGUCGAAGAGUUCUCCGACGUCUUUGCUCGUUUCCAGUUGCCGCCUGAAUCAGCAUUGCAGAAUCGUGACCAGGAACAUGGCAAGGGAGAGAUCAUCUACUCGGACGACGAUAUGGAAUCGGAGGGCGACUCUGAAGCCGAAGAGAAGAAGCCCCUCUCGAAGAAGAAGGCUCGCAAGAUGAACCGACUGACAGUCGCAGAGCUCAAGCAACUCGUAAAGAAGCCUGAAGUCGUCGAAUGGACGGACGUCACAGCAGCUGAUCCUCGCUUGCUUCUGCAACUCAAGAGCUACCGGAACACAGUACCUAUUCCGAGCCACUGGAGUGCAAAGCGCGACUACUUGCAAGGCAAACGCGGAAUUGAGAAGCCUCCUUUCCAACUACCAUCAUACAUCGCCGACACCGGUAUUGCCACAAUGCGCGAUGCCGUAAAGGAAAAGGAGGCAAAUAUGUCUCUCAAGGCCAAGACCCGCGAGAGGGUCCAGCCAAAGAUGGGCAAGGUCGACAUCGACUACCAGAAGCUGCACGAUGCCUUCUUCAAGUUCAUGACGAAGCCGAAUGUCACGGGCUUUGGCGAGAUGUACUAUGAAGGCAAGGAGUUCGAGACUCAGUUGAAGCAUAAGCGUCCUGGUGAUCUCUCGCCAGAGCUAGUAGAAGCUUUGUCGAUACCGCCUCUUGCGCCCCCACCGUGGUUGAUUAGCAUGCAAAGAUUCGGCCCUCCACCAAGUUAUCCGACAUUGCGGAUACCUGGCUUGAACGCGCCUAUUCCAGAAGGAGCGCAAUGGGGUUUCCACCCGGGUGGUUGGGGUAAGCCUCCUCUUGAUGAGUACAAUCGUCCAUUGUACGGUGACGUCUUUGGUGUGAUGCCAAAGAACACCGAUGCCGAUAUGGGCGAGCCCGUUGAUCGUAACCUAUGGGGAGAGCUUGAGCCGGAAGAAGAAGAGGAGGAGGAAGAAAGUGAAGAGGAGAGCGAAGAGGAAGAAGUCCAGGAACAGGCACCGCAAGAAGGCUUGCAGACUCCGUCUGGGCUUGCGACGCCAUCAGGUAUGGCCAGUGUUGUCUCAACAGUGGCUGGCGGGCUGGAAACACCUGAUUUCCUUGAGUUGCGCAAGAAUGCGGGACGGGCUCAGUCGGAAGCCGUGGAGACAGGUCCGAGAUCGCUGUACCAUGUCGUGCCCGAGAAGCAGACAUCUGUCAGGGGUAUCAUGGGCAGCGAGCGUGGAUACGAUGUCACUGCGGUUACAGGCAGCGGUGCGAUUCCGGUGCUCGGAGACGAAAGGGGCUCGAAGCGGAGGACGAACGGCGUGGAAGUGUCGAUAGACGCUUCGGAGCUGGAGGGUAUGUCGGAAGAGGAGCUGCGCAGGAAGUACGAGCAGCACUCGCGGGGGUCUGCUGGUGUGCCUGGCGCAAACGGCAGAGAAGACUUCUCGGAUAUGAUCGCGAAGGAGAUGGCGAAGAAGAAGCACAAGGCAGACCGGGACAGGGACAGGAAGGAGAAGGAGUUCAAAUUCUGA